GUAAUUGGAAAGUUCAGUCAGCAAGGCAGUGCCUUUUUGGAAAGUUCUGGUAUUCAACUGGAAAUCUCCAUUGAAAGUAGAAGAAAUCUUGGUUGGGAAAACAAGGGGAAUCUAACAUGGAAGAAGUUGGGCAGAACUCAUUGAAUGAUGUGUGCAAGAUGAUGGAAAUACCAAAUUUAGAAGUCACAAAACAGAAUCUUGACUACCUGAACUCAGAUCUUGAACAGGACUUGCAGAAACUGGAUGAGGCUAAUCAGAUUCUUCUUAGAAAGAUCCAAGAGAAAGAAGGAACUAUUCAAAGUCUGGAAGCAGAGAUCUCCUUGUCACUAGGACAAAUCAAAGAGAAGGAGGAAUUGGAACACAUUGUAUCAGAGAAAGAGGAAUCCCUGAAGGACCUGGAACUACAGUCAGGGAAGCUGGAAAAAAAGAAUAAAAUUCUUAACAGAAACAUAGCAGAGCUUCAGAAAGAGAUUUCGAGCAGAUUUCAGAAUGUUGGCCCUGAUCAAGGAAGGCUGAAGCAAAAGUUGACAGAACUGAAGGUAAAAGUUCAGAAGUCAGCAGAGUCCUGUGCAAAGCAAGAAAAGAAACUGGCCAAGGUAGAGAGUGACUACCAAUCUGUGUACCAGCUCUGUGAGGACCAGGCCCACUACAUAAAGAAAUAUCAGGAAAUUCUGAGGCAGAUGGAAAAGGAAAAGGAGGUGCUGCUUCUCGAAAAAGAAAUAUCCAAGGUCCAAAAUAACUCAUCCCAAAUUGUGAAGUCUGGGUCAAUUCUGGUGGAGACCAUCCAAAGCAAUAUGGAGAAGACCAUCAUGAGGAAACAAAAGAGAAUCUUUUGGUACAGGAAUUUCCAGUGUCUUGUCUUCAUGGCCAUGAUCUUCAUUAGGCUGCUGGGCUACAUGUUUUUCCAUCUACAGUACAUAAACCCAGAUCUUUUUGUGGAUGCCCUGCCGAUGGUAAUGAGCAGGGACACCUUGACAAGACUCAGGGAUGUCUUAUUUCCCUCCCUUACUCUUGAAGUGGAAGAAGUUCUACCACACUAGUCUGGGACGCCCGGGGCAUCUCACCCUACUCUUGAGUAGGGGCAGGUGUAAUCAUGGCCACUGUGUUGAAGGACGGCCUUGGAGGGAAGUAGAAGCUUUUGACUCAGAUCUGCUACGUGGUGUUUGAUAUCUUCAUUCAUUCUUUUCUUGCUUUACCUGUAGAAUAAUGCCCUUUCAAAUAAAAAAAAAAAAACCUGUUUGUCAA